AAUACCGAUCGGCGGACUAUUUAAUUAUAUAUCAAAUCCGUUGCAACUAACGGAAAUAUUAAUGUAUUUAAUGUUAUCUGGAAUCCUCUGGCAAGCUUCUACAUUUCAUUAUGUCACUCUUUUUGUUAUAAUAAAUCAGAUUGAAUGUGCAAUUUUAUAUGAUCAAUGGUAUCGAAACACUUUCAAGAAUUAUCCAAAAGAGAGAAAAAUUUUGAUUCCUUACAUCUGGUGAUGGAGACACCAAACAGCGCGUCUAUAUCUGCUAAAAUCGCCGAGGAAAGUGUAACCUGUCAUGAGAACAUCAAAGGCUACGUAGAGCCUAGAUUCGAGUGUCCCAUUUGUCUAACAUGGCUACGCGAUCCAGUUUUAACAUCUUGCGGACAUAAAUUCUGUUCACAGUGCAUUUAUACUUGGCUUGAGAAAGAAGGUGCUUGUUGUCCAGUCGAUAGUCGACCCUUGAGAUGUGGGAAUGAUCUCUUUAGAGAUCUUUAUACUAGUAGAGAGAUUUCUCAGAAACGUACAACUUGUCCUUAUCAGCAAUUUGGUUGCCAAGUAGAAUUAUCUCCUGUGGAUAUGGAAACACAUAUCAGUCAGUGCACUUAUAGAAGAAAUCUUCCAGAAUCUCAAGUACAAAAUACCAAUAAUGCAAUGUCAGAGGAAUCAAAAUUAUGGGAUCCCCCUCCAAAGAAUGGGACACAGAUUGCAAACGAAGAAGAACCUUCUCCCGAUUGGCAACAGUUGCUCAAAAAUCUGUAUGAAAGGAUAGUAGUCUUGGAACAGGAAAAUCGCGAGCUCUCUAUAACAGUGUCUAAUCAGAAAAAUCAGCUUGCAAUUAUGUAUCUACGAAAUUGCAAUGGAAUUUACAUAUGGAGAUUACAAUCCUUCCAAGAGAAACUCACGGCUAUGAUUAACGAUCCACUAAAAAUGUUUUAUAGUCCGGGUUUUUACACGAGUUCGAAUGGAUAUAAGAUCUGCGCCAGAAUUAAUAUAUCCUCUAAAGACUCGAAUUAUCUAUCUUUGCUUUUGCACAUUAUGAAAUCGGAGAACGAUGAUGGUUUAGACUGGCCGUUUAAUGGCACAAUGCACUUUGUAUUAGUACAUCCGCAAGAUUCGGAGAAAAAUAUAUGCGAAAUAACAUCGUCGAGACCAGAUCUCGAAGCGUUUCGAAAACCCACGUGUGAAUUGAACAAACGUAGCUUCGGUUAUACCGAAUUUGUACGCAUAUGCGACAUAUCCAAUUUUCUGCAAAAUAAUAGUUUAAUUUUUAGAAUAGAAGUUCGCGCGCACAAUUUAACAUAUUCUUAAUAUGAAUAUGUAUUUAGAAAUAUUUUUUGCUAUCUUGCUAGUUUAAUAUCGUAGUAUGUUAAAGCUAAUGCUAAGUAAUCAUUGUAAACUAAAACGAAGAAUAAUCACAUUUUUCUUACAAAUAUAUAAUAUAUAUAUAUAUAUAUGAAUAUAAUGUUUUAUCGAUCCAUAAUAAAAUAUUUUUUUCUUUAAAUGUAUCUUCAUCAUAUUUGACCUUGUUAAAUACAUAUAUAUUAUAUAGUUUCCCUAUUUAUUCUGCAGCUAUAUUGAAUUAUGAUGUUAGAAGCGUGUAACAUUUUUCUUAUAAAAAAUGUCGAAAUAAAUUAAUUCAUUCAUAUGUACUAUUCGCGCUUGAUAUAGUACAAGUUGCUAACAUACGCCGAAAUUACUAUUUAUUAUCCUGUAUAUUAGUAAAUGCAUAUCUAACUUAAUCUCUUUGUAUGCGUCCUAUAUUUUCAGUAUGAAAUUUACAGCAAUUGAUUUCUCUAGAUUUACAAUUAUUUAUUGCUCCUUACACACAAUCAGAAAAAAAAUU